GGGAAAAGGGUGUUGGCACUCUGGAUAUUCCUGCUUGUGAGAUCUUCUCACUGAAGGUGAAGCUGCGCUCCUGUACAGGAGACCCACUUAAUCUCUGUAUUCAACAAUGACGGUGACAUACACAGCCCGUGUGGCCAAUGCCCGAUUUGGCGGCUUCUAUAAACUCCUGUUGCUCUGGCGAGGAAGCAUCUACAAGUUGCUCUACAAGGAGUUCCUGGUCUUCUUCGUCUUAUAUGUAGGACUCAGUAUCACCUAUCGCUUUGUCUUAAAUGAAGAUCAGAAACGGUCUUUUGAAAAACUGGUCAUUUACUGCGACAACUAUGCCAACCUGAUUCCCGUCUCCUUUGUUUUGGGCUUCUAUGUCACACUGGUGGUGAACAGGUGGUGGAGCCAAUACACCUGCAUGCCGAUGCCUGACCCGUUGAUGUGUGUAAUCUGUGGGACUGUGCAUGGCACUGAUGAACGUGGCCGGCUUUAUCGGCGGACACUCAUGCGGUACAGCAGCCUGUCAGCAGUGUUGAUCCUACGCUCAGUCAGCACUGCAGUGUUCAAGCGGUUCCCUACCAUUGACCAUGUGGUGGAAGCAGGGUUUAUGACACGGGAGGAGCGCAAGAAAUUUGAGAACCUGAACUCUUCCUACAACAAAUACUGGAUCCCUUGUGUCUGGUUUAUGAAUUUAGCUGCACAGGCACGCAAAGAGGGCCGCAUACGUGAUAAUAGUGCACUUAAGCUUCUCAUGGAGGAGUUGAAUAUUUUCCGAGGAAAAUGCAGCAUGCUGUUCCACUACGACUGGAUCAGUGUACCACUAGUCUACACACAGGUGGUCACUAUUGCAGUGUACAGCUUCUUUGUAGCUUGUCUCAUUGGGCGGCAAUUCCUUGACCCAACUCAGGGUUAUAGAGGACAUGAUCUGGAUCUGCUUGUCCCCGUAUUUACCUUGCUGCAGUUUUUCUUCUAUGUUGGAUGGCUGAAGGUGGCCGAGCAACUCAUCAACCCUUUUGGGGAGGAUGAUGAUGAUUUUGAAACCAACCUACUGAUUGAUAGGAACUUGCAGGUCUCCAUGAUGGUUGUAGAUGAGAUGUAUGGGGACCUGCCCCUCCUGGAAAAGGAUCGGUAUUGGGAUGCCUCAAAUCCUCGAGCCCCUUACACAGCAGCUACUGUUUCUAUGCUGCAUCAGCCAUCCUUCCAAGGAUCCACCUUUGACAUAACCCUGGCCAAAGAGGAUAUGCAGUUCCAGCCUCUACAUAACAUUCCAGAGGGCCUUGAGCACGGCCGUCAUGUACCUGCUCAUCUCCUGAACCGUUUACUUGCCACAGCCCCUGCACCAAGUGGCUUUGGACGCCGACUGUCUCUGUUGAGGCGCAAGAAUAGCUGCGUCUCUGAAGCAUCUACCACCUACAGCUGCCUAUGUCAGGAUACGCAGACCACAGACUGCAGCUGUGGGCCUCUUGGGCAAUCUGUGCCUAUCAACAGUGUUCAUUUUGAGAUAGACAGGGAGCUUGACCCUGAUGCCACUGACAUACAUGAUGAUCUCCCAGAGGCCCAUGAUGACAAGCUGAAUAGCCAGAGCUCGCCAAGCCAGAAGGAGGCUCAUAACCAAGAGACAGUGUCUCUUCUGGAUACAACUGUUCCCACUACAACUGAUACCUCAUCUCAGCCUCUGCCAGAUCCUGAUUCAGAUGCUGUCUUCUUUCAUGCCCAAAAGGAGACGCCCAGUAAGAGCCUUCCCCCAGUCAACUAUCCAGCCUGGCUACAGAGCCCCAUUGAGGAAGAAAAUGUGGCAUGA